AUGGCGGAGCCCACAGUGUGCUCCUUCCUCACCAAGGUGCUGUGCGCCCACGGCGGCCGCAUGUUCCUGAGGGACCUGCGCGGCCACGUGGAGCUGUCGGAGGCCAGGCUCCGGGACGUGCUGCAGCGCGCCGGGCCCGAGCGUUUCCUGCUGCAGGAGGUGGAGACGCAGGAGGGCCUCGGGGACGCGGAGGCCGAGGCGGCGGCCGGCGCGGUGGGCGGUGGCGGCACCUCCGCCUGGAGGGUGGUGGCCGUGUCCUCUGUGCGCCUCUGCGCCCGCUACCAGCGCGGCGAGUGCCAGGCCUGCGACCAGCUGCACUUCUGCCGCCGGCACAUGCUGGGCAAGUGCCCCAACCGGGACUGCUGGUCUACCUGUACCCUUUCCCAUGAUAUCCACACACCUGUCAACAUGCAGGUCCUGAAAAACCAUGGACUUUUUGGUCUCAAUGAAAACCAGCUUCGGAUCCUGCUUUUGCAGAAUGACCCCUGUCUUUUACCCGAGGUCUGUUUGCUCUACAACAAAGGGGAAGCCCUCUAUGGCUACUGCAACCUCAAGGAUAAAUGCAACAAGUUUCACGUGUGUAAAUCCUUUGUCAAGGGAGAAUGCAAACUUCAGACCUGCAAACGGUCUCAUCAGCUUAUCCAUGCUGCAUCUUUGAAGCUGCUACAGGACCAAGGACUGAAUAUUCCAAGUGUUGUUAAUUUUCAGAUAAUCUCCACCUACAAGCAUAUGAAGCUGCACAAGAUGCUUGAAAAUACAGAUAAUUCAUCACCUUCUACUGAGCAUUCACAAGGCCUUGAGAAGCAGGGAGUGCACGCAGCUGGAGCUGCAGAAGCUGGUCCUCGGGCUUCUGUCCCCGCUCAGUCAGCCAAGAAGCCCUGCCCAGGCAGGAAGGCGGGGGAGAGCUGCGUGCGCUCUGCUCGCCCGUUUUGCACGCUGAGCUCUAGCGCAGGAGCCCGACUUUGUCUGGCUUUGUCCCCUCCGCGGCCCCGAGGCUGUCCUGAGAGCGCGGCGCCCCACACACCUGCUGCCCGCAAGGAGUCGGCAGGAGAGGAGGAGCGAGGGCGGCGAGAGGGCUGCGAGAGGCCCCCUCCCCCGGCUUGCCGGCCUACCCUGAUCCGGGCGCCCCGGGGAACGCGCGGCGGGACCCGGGCGGGCUGGGCCUCGCCGCCUCUGCCGCGCCGAGCCCCGCGCACGCUGCCCCGGCCGCCUCGCAGGCAGGCAGGCAGGCAGGCAGGCAAGCGCCCGGCCGGCCGGGAGGGGGUGCUCGCCGCCCCGCGCCCGGGCCCGCGCGUUGCCGGGCAGCUGCUCCGAGGCUCCGAAGGGGGCGGAGCGGCAAGGCGGGCGUGCGGCUGGCGCCCCUGUCCGCGGUUCCGGCCCGACCCGCCCCCGCCUCGCCGGCUUCCCUCCGCGCCGGUGCGCGGCGCCCCGUCCCAGCCGCAGCCGCAGCGGCCGCCCCUCCCGGACCUGAGAGCCGCUGAGCCGUGA